UUCAGAGCUCGAUGGGCUCCAGGCUUUUUCCGGCAGCACCAGCCCCACAGACUCCUGAAGCCUCAAGAAUUUGCUUGCAGCUAAUUUAAAGCAAACAUUUACAUAUGGAAAAACAAUGUGGUGGAGCCUGUGCCAGGUUUCUCCCUUGAUUCUCACUAUAUGCUCGCUGUCUAUAACAGCACGUUGGGCCACGGCUGCAGCAUGCGGGGAGCCGGCGGCGGUGCCUGCCCAGAGAAGAAGCAUCAGAGAUGCAAGUUCUCCAGCUCCUGUCAACUGUCAGCUGAGCCAGUGGUCGGAAUGGACUGAUUGCUUCCCUUGCCAAGGGAGAAAACACCGGCACCGGACACUGCUGCAGCCAGCAAUGUUUGGAGGGCAGCGCUGCGAGGGGCCCCUCUGGGAUGAGCAAAGCUGCAGUGCUGGGAAGAGCUGUGCCAGAGCUCCAAGCUGUGGGAAUGACUUCCAGUGCAAGGAGAGUGGUCGCUGUAUUAAACGGCAUCUUGUGUGCAAUGGCAAUACAGACUGCAGAGAUGGGUCUGAUGAGAAUGACUGUGAAGAUGAAGAUACUGAACGCCCCUGUGGCAAUCUGUUCCCCAUCCCAGGGUCUGAAAAAGCAGCACGAGGAUACAACAUCCUAACACAAGAGGAGGGAAGGUACAUAUAUGAUCCUAAAUUUCUGGGAGGUCACUGUGAAUCUGUCUACAAUGGGGAGUGGAGGGCACUGAGGUAUGAUGCCACGUGUGAACGCCUGUACUAUGGAGAUGAUGAGAAGUAUUUCCUCAAGCCUUACAACUUCCACAUAUACCAAUUCCUGGCUCAUGCUGAUUCUGGAUUCUCUUCUGAGUUUUACGAUGAUUCAAAAGAUCUGAUUGAUGCCCUCAGAAGUAGUAAAUCCAAAGGAGGGGGUUUCACCAUCGGGAUUGGGCCUACAAAAAUAGAUUUCAAACUGAACCUCGGCUUCACCUUAUCACGUGGCAAAGGAUCCCUGAAGAAUUUCACAGAAUAUACUGCAAAGAAUGUUGGAUUCAUUAGAAUUGCGACCAACGUGCAGACGGCCCGUUUCAAGAUGAGAAGGAACAAUAUAGUUUUGGAUGAAGACACGCUCAUCUCCCUGCGGGACCUUCCAGAUAUCUACAGCUAUGGCAUGUAUGCCAAAUUCAUCAAUGACUAUGGCACCCAUUUCAUGGCAUCUGGCACUAUGGGAGGCGACCUUGAGUACAUCCUCGUUGUUAACAAAGAAGAAAUGAGACGAAAAGACAUCAGCUAUGAAGAAGUAACCACCUGUUUUGGCCUCUCAGUGGGCAUGUCAGCCACAAAGCUUAUGCUGCAUUGGGAAGCAUCUGUGUCUCUCUCUGUCUGCGCAGAGAAACAGCUUCUGAAUGCUGCUGACUUCUCAGAUGCUGGGAGCAACAAUCCAGUCGUGGAAGAUAUCAUUGUCCGGAUUAAAGGUGGAGAUACUUCUUACAGUGCACGGCCUUUAAGCAGUUGGGAUAGCAACACGUAUCGGCGCUGGGGAAGGUCAUUAAAAUAUAAUCCAGCUAUUAUUGAUUUUGAGCUGCAACCUAUCCACGAAAUCCUGCGCAGAAGUGAUGCUGGCAACAUGGAAACCAAACGGCAGCACCUGAAGCGGGCUUUGGAUGAGUACCUGCUGGAAUUCAAUGCCUGUCGCUGUGGGCCAUGCCAGAACAAUGGAGAACCUGUCCUGGUGGGAGAUGAGUGCUCGUGCCAGUGCCGGUCUGGAUACAGUGGCCCUGUCUGUGAGCAGACUGAGCACCAAGGCACAGAGACAGAUGGGCACUGGAGCUGCUGGUCAUCCUGGACCUCGUGCCAGUCGGGCUCACGGCACCGCAGCCGGCAAUGCAGCAACCCAGCCCCACAGCAUGGAGGGGCACCCUGCAUGGGGAGAGAUGAGCAGAGCUCUUCCUGCUGAACCCAGCAUGGCUCCAUAGGCACGAGCUCAAGGCUCUAAGUGCCUCAGGGAAAGAAGGGAGGGGGAAAAAAGCCCUGAGAAGGAAUCAAGCAUUAUGAACAGCAACAAAACCUCAAAGCACAAAGGAGCACUUCUACAUACAUUUGAAUGGGAAAGGAAUCGUGGUUUAGUGAAAGAAAUUGCUCAGCUCUAGCUCUGAUGCUUGGAAAUGCUUGUUUCUCAACAGUGUGUCGGUGGUGAUUUAGAGGCUGACAUGUAGCUGAUGUAAAUCAGUGUAGCUCCUUCACUGCAGCUGAUUUAUGCUACCCGAAGAUCUGGCCCCAUAUUUUCUUUUGUGUGCACAUUUGCCAAAAGAUGAUUUUUUCUUUUUUUAAUCGCUUCUGUUUUGCUUGAAAGUGAAACUGCAGCCUUUUUUUUCUCUUCUUUUUUUUUUUUUUUUUUUUUUGUAUAAGAAAAUAACAAACCGUGUUGUCUCAAACACCAAGGUUUGAUUUUUCAGUGAAAAAUUACUAUGACACGUUUCUAAGAUGUGGAUAAAUGUGUGAUAAAACGGUGGCCUUUUUGCCAAGCUUGCUUUCCCAGGUAAAGUCUGCAUUCAUCCAGAGAUAAAUUUGCUCCCCAGGGUUUGGAUCUGAUGUCUUCUAUGCCGAGACAAUGCAGCAGCAUGAAGCAUCCACUGAUACUGGUGUGAUUAAGGCAGCACGGAGGAAAGUGAGCAAAGCAGCAUUUUCCCACUAUGGUUCUAUCAAUAGUUGUUGGCAUGGGGCUGGAACAUUAUGCAGGACAUGAUCGAUGGGCAAAGGGGUGAUGGGCUGAUGGUUGCUUUUGAUGACUUGGACUUGAUAAAGAAAUUCUUUACUGUGAAGGUGGGGAGAUGCUGGCACAGGUUGCCCAAUGAAAUUGUUGAUACCACCUCACUGGAAGCACCAAGGCCAGGCUGGAUGGGGCUGUGAGCAACCUGGUCUAGAGGGAGGUGUCCCUGCCUAUAGCAGGAACUACAUGAUCUUAAAGGUCCCUUCCAACCCAAACCAUUCUGUGAUUGUAUCAUCUUAGAGGUCCCUUUCAAGCUUAAUGAUACUAUGACUCAGUGAUUAUGUAGAAACAUAUGACAGGGUUCUUACAUCCAAAACUAUUUUGGUUCAUGGGUGAUUCUCACCUGUGCACAGACUGCUUGGGACAAAACCCAAGAGCAAAUGAGUCAAGCUACUGCAGUGAGCCUCUGUGGCCAGGGGGAAGAAAUUAAUGAAGGGAAAGAUUUGCUGUCUAAGAGGCUGGAGAGUGGAGGCUGGGGGAAUAUGACCUGCAGCCUCACCUUUGGAGGCAUUUCUAUAAGGCUGGAAAGGCAUCACAACCAGAGAAAUCCAAAUGAUGAAAGAACUGAAUGUGAACCAACACCAAGAAGGGCUGGGCAGCAGCCCCUUUCCUCUGCUCACCCAGGACUCAGGCAUCUUCCUCCUCAGAGCUCAGAGCAGAGAAUUGCAGUCCAGGGAGAAAAUGCCCAUAAGGUCUGUUUAAAUUAAAAAAAAAAAAAAAAAAAAAA